GCGCUGCGACCACUGGGAACCUUUGCGAGUUUUAAAAAAAAAAAUCAAAACUGUACUGUGUUAUUACAGAAUAAACUUAAUUUUAAUUACAAAUACAAAAAAUGGACGAGAGAUUCUACUGCAUAUGUUUUCACCUAGGCUGCUGAUCAUGGAGAGCCUGGCCAGUGCAAACACCAGCUUUGCCCUGGAACUCUUUAAGAAUCUCACGAAUGACAGAAAAGCUGAGAACAUCUUCUACUCCCCCCUGAGCAUCUCCUCCGCUCUGGCCAUGGUGUAUCUGGGGGCUCGGGGGAACACAGCCGCUGAGAUUGCACAGGUCUUCCAUAUUGACCCUUCUGGAGAUAUCCAUUCAGGAUUCAGCUUACUGCUUGCUGACAUCAACAAGGCAGGAGCCGCCUAUCAACUGAGACUAGCUAAUCGUCUUUAUGGAGAAAAGACCUGCAACUUUGUCAAGGAAUUUAUUGAUGGCACCAAGAAGUUCUACAAUGCAGAACUGGAAACUGUUGACUUUAAAACUGCUACAGAAGAAUCCAGACAGAAUAUCAACUUGUGGGUUCAGGACCAGACACAGGGGAAAAUCCAGAACUUGCUGUCUGAACUUUCUGUUGACAAAGAAACAACAUUGGUCCUGGUGAAUGCUGUCUAUUUCAAAGGAAACUGGAAGAAGAAGUUUGAUGAAGAGCUUACAAUAAAGAAACAUUUUAGAUUGAGCAAGAUAGAGAAGAAGCCUGUGCAGAUGAUGUUCCAGAAGAACAAGUUUAAAUUCACCUAUAUCAGGGAGGUAAAAACACUCAUCAUUGAGCUGCCCUAUGCUGGCAAUGACCUGAGUAUGAUGAUCCUCCUUCCUGAGGACAUUGCCGAUGACACAACCGGACUGGAGCAGCUUGAAAGAGAGCUGACAUACGAGAAACUCAAAGACUGGACCAACCCUGAAACGAUGGGCAGAACUUUAGUGGAGGUGACCCUGCCAAAGUUCAAGCUGGAGGAGACCUAUGACCUCAAGCCGAUUCUGACCAGUUUGGGCAUGGUAGAUGCCUUUGAUGUGAGCAAGUCUAAUUUCUCUGGCAUGUCGUCCAGUAAUGAGCUGGUGCUGUCGAAGGCGGUGCACAAGUCCUUUGUGGAGGUGAAUGAGGAGGGCACAGAGGCAGCAGGUGCCACUUAUGCCUCUGCAAUAUGGGGCCGCAGCAGCAGAGCAAGUUUUACAGAAGAGUUUAUGGCAGACCAUCCAUUUCUUUUCUUCAUUUGGCACAACAAAGCAGGCAAUAUUCUCUUCCAGGGCAAAUUCUGCUCCCCUUAAAGUGUGCAAUAUUUACCAUUUUAUAAAAUGUUGUACUUUUCACUUUAUUAUUUGCAGAUAUUCAGCUUCCAGUAUUAAGGUUUAAAAUUUCUAGCACUGAAAUUUGUAUGAUACAUCAGUUGAUAUUGGAUUGUACUUGGCUUAAAUGUACUUGGCUUAAAUAGUGGGCACAGAACUGAAGGAAUGAAAUGCAAUUUAUUGGACAGGUGUUAAAGGGCAGACUGUAGCUUUUAAAUGACAUUUUCAGAGUUUUUUUUUUUUUUUUUUUUUUUUAACUGUCCUCUUACCUUCUGUGUGCACUCAUAGCUAAAGCAGCGUUUUAUAUACAAAAGAUUUGCAUCAGAAUAAUUGCAAUCAUCAUGCAAUGGUACAUGGGUAGUAAAUAAAAUGUAAUUUGAAGUUAUAUACCUUUUAAUUUCAGAAUCCAGGACAAAUAAACUUAAAAAGCAGUUCAUAAUGUCUUUAGAUGUGGUGCAGUAUGUGUGUCUGUUGUUUCCUGUUUACCUUUGUUCUGUUUUCUCAGAACUGUAAUUGCAUAUAACUCUGGAUGUUUUUUAAACCUGUAUUUAGAUCCAUAUACAUUGUGUUCUCUUAUUAUAUUACAUUUCUUAUUAUAUUACAUUUUAAUGGUCUAUAUACAAUAAAGCUGCUGCAAACAUAACCAGCCUGAAUU